GUAUGAAUGACCGAAUUUCAAUUAAUUUAAUAUAUCUAGUGCUAACGUUUUGCUGUGUUUCCGCAGCAACAGUUCGAACGGCAAAAAAUGACGAUAUUCAAAAAUUUACCAUUCAAAUGAUUGGGUAUUCACCACAAAAGACGGACGAUUACGUGGCAGUUUCGAUAGAAGCAACACCUGGAUAUGUUGUUGCAUUUGAACCGAUGGCUCAUGCGGAUCGUGUGCAUCACAUGCUUCUCUAUGGUUGCACAAUGCCAGCAAGCGAGCAAGGAUUCUGGAGAGGAAUGGAAACAUGUGGAUGGGGAGGAGGAAGCUAUAUUCUCUAUGCAUGGGCUAGAAAUGCUCCAAACCUUGUUCUACCAAAAGAUGUGGCAUUCUCAGUGGGUCAUGAGCAAGAUGGAAUAAAAUAUUUUGUGCUCCAAGUUCACUAUGCUCAACCAUUUGCUGGUGAAGUUCACGAUUUCUCUGGUGUAACAAUGCACAUCUCCCAAAAGAAGCCAAUGAACUUGGCGGCGGUUAUGCUAUUCGUUAGUGGUACUCCAAUUCCACCACAACUUCCAGCUUUCCAGAACAACAUAACCUGUAUGUUCGAGUCUUCAACUCCAAUUCAUCCAUUUGCAUUCCGUACCCAUACUCAUGCAAUGGGACGUCUUGUCUCCGCAUUUUUCAAACAUGACGGACAUUGGACAAAAAUUGGAAAAAGAAAUCCUCAAUGGCCACAACUUUUUGAAGGAAUUCCAUCAAAAUUGAUGAUUGGAAGUGGAGAUCAAAUGUCGGCAUCUUGCAGAUUUGAUAGUAUGGAUAAAAAUCGAACCGUCAAUAUGGGAGCAAUGGGAGUUGAUGAAAUGUGCAAUUUCUAUAUGAUGUUCCAUUAUGAUGCGAAACUUGAUAAUCCAUAUCCACAAGGAGCAAUCUGUGCUAAAGAUUAUCCUUCAAAGAUGAUUGAUUAUCCAAAAGAUGGUUUCGAAUUACUUCCAUCUCGUCCUGAACUCGAACAUCAUGCUCAUCAAUCAAAAGUUCCAUUUGGUAUUGUACAAGAAGCUAUUCAUGAGAAUUUGGGUGGUGUUAAACUUGGACAAGUUGCUGGUUUGGCAUUCAAUAAUGAACAACAAUUACUCGUUUUCCAAAGAGCUGGAAGAGUUUGGGAUGCAAGUACAUUCGACAACUACAAUAUUCUGCUCGACAAAAAACCAAUCGCUGAUCCAGUCAUUCUUGUGAUCUCAUACUCGGGUAAUCAGACGAAAUUAGAGAGAAAACUUGGAGGUGGACAAUUCUACUUGCCACAUGGAAUAUACGUUGAUAAGGAUGGUUUUGUAUACACAACUGAUGUUGGAUCACAUACAGUAGCCAAAUGGAAAAUCGAAGGAAAUGAGUUGAAGAAUAUUUGGACAAGUGGAGAACUUUUGAUGCCUGGAUCCGAUCAACACCAUUACUGUAAACCAACUGGAAUCACGAGAGUUGAAGAUCAAUUGUAUGUGACUGAUGGAUACUGUAAUAGUCGAGUUGUCGUAUUGGAUUUGAAUGGAAAACGAAUUCGUCAAUUUGGCUUGCCAGGAGAAGAUGCUGGACAAUUUAAUCUUCCACAUGAUAUUGUUUCUGAUUCUGCUGGAAGGUUACUUGUUACUGAUCGAGAAAAUGGACGAGUUCAACAUAUGACAACUCAAGGACAUGUUAUUGAAGAAUUUAAGUCUACAAUGUUCACAAAUAUCUAUUCUGCUGCUAGUCACGAGGAUUAUGUUUUCAUGGUUCCAGGAAGACCCAUUAUGGGACAUGAAACCGAAGGAAUCGCUGUAUUUGUCGGAAGAUCUGGUACUGGUUUAAUUGAAUAUGCAUUCGGUCCAACUACAAAAGGAAAAAGAGAACAAAUGGGACCACAGUUUGGUCAACCGCAUUGCUUGAGAGUUUGUCCGGAUGGUGGACAUAUCUUUGUUGGAGAUAUUGCGGAAGGAAAAGCACGUCUUUGGCAGUUUAAGAUACGACAUGAUCAAAAUUAA